AAUGAGCAAUGAACAGGAGAGAGAGAGAGAGAGAGCCUGCGGAGUGAUACGUAUAUAUCGAGUAGCGGUGAUAGACAUCAGGAGCACAAAAAUGGCAGAAGAAGGUGAGAAGGAGAAACCAGAAAGCGGUACCACAGAGAUAGAACCGUCGGUAGAAAAAGACAAGGGAGAAAUUGGAAUGAAGCCAUGGGAGCAGCAUUCUGCUGUGAUAAGCAUCCCUCGCUUCGACUACAACGCUCCAUCUUCUAUCCUCCGUCACUCUCACUGUGGCUUCCUCGUCACCUGCCCCAUCAAGAGGGAAAAAAGCGCAACAAAAGAAGCAAUUUGUAUUUUGGAAAAGUACAUUCCAAAUGCUGCAGCUAAAAAAAGGAAAGUAUGCCCAGGAGCUGCAAAUGGAGAAUACCCUGACAACUCUGAAAACAAGGAUUCUGGGUGUAAAAAUGAAAUUUCUGAGUCUGAUACUUGUGUAGAAAAAAAUCAUGAGCUUUCACUAGUGAAGUUGACCAGAAGUGGGUUGCUUCUCUUCACCUUUCCUUGUGGGAAGUCUCCUCCAAUUGUCAAUAUUCUGUUUGACAUUGUUCAUUCACUGGAAUCUAAAAGUUUAAAUAUGCCGCGCUGGUGUCAUAGAAUAUUCCCAAUUCAAGGCACGUGUGUGUUAGAUGAGAAGGAACUUCGAACGCUUGUAUCAAAGCUUGUUAGUGAAUUUAUGAUUGACAACCAAAACAAACUUGGCCAACCUGUUAAGUUUGCAGUUGGAUAUAACAGAAGGGGUAUUGAAGAGACUGAGAUGAAAAAAGUGCGAAAAAAUGAAAACGAUCCUCUAUCUACUUUGCUAGACCGUGACAAAUGCUUUAGUGUUGUGGCAGCAGCAAUAAAAGAUAUUGUCCCCAAUUCAGUAGUGGAUCUGAAGCAUCCAGAGGUUUCUGUACUUAUAGAGUUACUACCGCUUUCUGGGAUUCCUGAUGGGUCAGCAGUGGUAGGUGUAUCAGUUCUUCCAAAGGCACUGGUUAGCACGAAACCACGGCUCUCUGUCAAGGCUCUAGUUGCGGAUAUAAAGGCGAAGGGUGGGAAAAGAAGCCAAUGAUGAAAUGCGUUUCAAAUGCAUCAAGCAAAUAGAUGCCUAUUUGUCUUGUACUGAAGAUUUUGUAGCUUUUGUCACAUUUUAUGUGUUAUGUUUAUUAUUUAUUGAUCAAACCAACUCUAUCUUCUUUGAUUA